CCGCUUUUUUUUUUCAAUAUGCAUAGAAGUCAGCCACCAACACCACAAGCAACUGCGGAUACUGGGUUUCUUCAGGAUCCCCCACAACUUAUAAAUCAAUAUGACGACGACCUUGUUUUAAAGAACAUACUCAAGCGCCUUCUUCCGGAGGACGUUUUGCGAACUAUUGAGCCUGAUCUUCACCAGUUUGGAGAACGCGUCAUCAAUGAUAUUGCUGCCAUGGGUGACAACGUUGAGGACCCCAACAAUCACCCUCGUCUUAAGCAAUACGAUGCGUGGUGUCGGAGAGUCGAUGAAAUUACGGUCGCCCAGGGUUGGAAGGAUCUGAACGAUGUUGCAGCCGAAGAAGGAUUGAUCGCCAUUGCGUAUGAGCGCAAAUUCCAGGAAUAUUCUCGCAUUUACCAAUUUGCUAAGCAAUACUUGUACAUGCCAUCCUCUGCGAUGUACUCUUGUCCUUUAUCUAUGACAGAUGGCGCUGCUCGUGUUUUAGAACUCAUCGGCACAGACGAAAUGAAGAAGAAAUAUUUCACGCGUUUGACGAGUCGGGAUCCAAAGAAGUUUUGGACGAGCGGUCAAUGGAUGACUGAACGGCCCGGAGGAAGUGAUGUUGGUCGAACGGAGACCCAGGCAGAAUCCAUCGACCCUCAGAACAAUAAAUGGAGUGUUAGCGGCUUUAAAUGGUUCUCUAGCGCUACCACAGCUGACAUGACCAUGCUUUUGGCGAGAACGAUUGAUCCGCAGACAAACACAGUCGUGCAGGGAAGUAAGGGCUUGUCACUUUACUUGGCUGAAAUGAGGCGUACCGAUGGGUCUUUAAAUGGUGUUCAAGUGCACCGGCUGAAGAACAAAUAUGGCACCAAAGGUUUGCCGACAGCGGAACUGCAGCUGAGCGGCAUGGAAGCGUACAUGCUGGGAAGGCCCGGCCGUGGUGUCCCUAAUAUUGCAUCGAUCUUGAACAUUACCAGAAUCUAUGCUGCAUUAGGUGUAGUCACGGGCCUGCGUCGAUCACUUGCUAUAGCAAAAUCCUUUGCUUCACGUCGCCAGGCUUUCGGCAAGCAAUUAGACAAGCUACCUCUUCAUGUUGCUACACUUGCCGAACUCGAAAUAAUCUUACGAGCCACCAGUCAGAUAUCAUUCUACGCUGUUGCCUUGUUGGGUCGCACAGAAUGCUUACCUGACAAUGACGAGCGAAAGGAGGAUUUCCAGAUGCUGCGAUUUGUAACACCGGUUGCCAAGGCUUACGUGUGCAAAAUCGGACUAAAUGCCUGUAGUGAAGCCAUGGAAGCACUCGGUGGGCAGGGCUACAUGGAAGAAAUAGGUGUUGCACGACUGUUGAGAGAUGCGCAAGUGAACACGAUCUGGGAAGGAACAACAAACGUACUCGCCAUGGAUGUUUUACGAGUGCUUCGUGAAACAAAGGGUCAAGCGUUGCAACACUUUAAAAAGGUGCUUUCGCAAAAAGUGGCCGAUGCCCUCAACAUUUCGCAGGAUCGACUGAAAGGUGCCGCAGCCAAAAUCCAACAAGCUUUCACCAUCAUCGAUCGAUUCAUCCAAAAUGCGAAAUCACAACUUCCCAUGGAAGUUGGUGCACGCCAAUUGACAUUUGCAUUGGGACGUGUAUUGGCUGCCGUUCUGCUGUUGGAACAAGCAGCUUGGGCUAUUCAAACCGGCAAUUCUAAUUGCGAGAGCGAUCUUAUAGCUGUGAAUCGCUGGUGUAACGAUCCAGCUUUCCUGAAAGAUAUUAUUACGGCUACCGAUAUCAGUGUUAAAGAAGAUGCGGUCAUUGUUUUUGGCAGCCAUUCCAAAUUGUAAUUGUGAAGAUUUGAAAUUGUUGUCAAUAUACAUAAAAGAAGUUGAAAUGACGAGGAGACU